CUAGGAUGUCUCUCUGGGUGGACAAGUGGCGACCUCGUUCGCUCGACGACCUCCACUACCACCAUGGCCUCUCCGACCGUCUCAAAGCUCUCGCUGCAUCGGGAGACUUUCCCCACAUGCUCUUCUACGGUCCAUCAGGCGCGGGAAAGAAGACACGCAUAGCGGGUACCCUCCUUGAGCUCUUCGGCAAGGGCGCAGAGAAGAUCAAAAUCGACCAGCGUGUGUUCACGACCCCCACCAAGCGCAAGCUUGACGUGAACAUCGUGCAGAGCAAUUAUCACAUUGAAUUCACCCCGAGCGAAGUAGGCAACUAUGACAGGUUGAUCAUCCAGGAUAUCCUGAAGGAGAUCGCACAAACGCAACAAGUCGAUCUCAAUGCAAAGCAGAAGUUCAAAGUCGUGGUCAUCCACGAAGCCGACGCGCUCACCCGCGACGCCCAAGCAGCGCUCCGCCGCACGAUGGAGAAGUACAUGUCCAACAUGCGCCUCAUCCUCUGCGCCAACAGCACAAGCAAGCUCAUCGCGCCCAUCCGCUCCCGUUGCCUUCUCAUGCGCGUCGCUGCGCCCAGCACGGAGGAGAUGCAGACGGUGCUCGACUUCGUCGCGAAGCACGAGGGCUUCGCGAUCCCCGAGGACACCGUGUCGCUCAUCGCCGCGGACGCGGGCGGGAACCUCCGCAAGGCCAUCCUCGUCCUCGAGGCCCUCAAGAUGCAAAACCCGGACCUGUCCGUGAGCGCGCUGAGCAUCGCGAAGCCGGACUGGGAGACGUACUGCCACAAGGUCGCGGACAUGAUCGUGCAGGAGCAGUCGCCUGCGCGGGUCAUGGAGGUGCGCGCGAAGCUGUACGAGCUCCUUAGCCACUGUAUACCGCCAACUAUCGUCCUCAAGACGAUUGCGGACCGGGUGGUUGAGCAGGUGGACGAGGCGCUGAAGGCGGACAUCAUGCACUGGGCUGCGAUAUACGAGGCACGGAUGCGCAUUGGCAACAAGAAGAUCUUCCACCUCGAGGCGUGGGUCGUCAAGGUCAUGAGCCUGUACAAGCACUUCUUCUAUGACAUCGAUAUGGAUGGCUUCGACGAGUGAGCACUACGGAAGUUUACGCUUGUGUGUGCGCGUGUCUGUCGUCUUCCAUCUCCCUAUCCGCACGUCGCUGCUGCAGAAGCGUGGCUGUGAGACUUGUAUAUUUGUAUUCUUAUACCAG